UUAUCCACAAACUCGAACACAGAGAGCAAGACCAGAAAAAACACAAAUCCUGGGUGCUGUGUUUUACACUUCCAACCAAUCCACAAUCAAAAAACCCUACCAAAAAUGCUUCUCCAAUCGUCCCUUCACCACCACAACGUUUCUCUUUCAUCAUCCCUCUCCUACGCUCGGCCCCUUCCCUGCAGGGUUCCCAGUUUGGCCCUCCCCAAAACUGCAAAUUACCGGGGAGUCCCAAUCACAGUCACCUGCUCAAUCUCACAAAUUCAUAGCUAUGGGACUGUGGACUACGAGCGCAGGCCAAUGGUAAAAUGGAACGCCAUAUACAAGAGAAUAUCUUUGAUGGAGAAUCCUGAGUUGGGUUCUGGGAGCGUGUUGAACCAGUGGGAGAAAGAGGGCAGGAAGCUCUCAAAAUGGGAGCUUUGUAGGGUGGUCAAGGAGUUGAGAAAGUUCAAGAGGUACAAGCAUGCUCUUGAGGUGUAUGAUUGGAUGAACGAUAGAGGAGAGAGGUUUAGAUUAUCUGCCAGCGAUGCUGCAAUUCAACUAGAUCUCAUUGGCAAGGUUCGUGGAAUUUCUGGUGCUGAAGAGUAUUUCCUGAUGCUGCCAGAUGCUUUGAGGGACAGAAGGAUAUAUGGCGCUCUUCUCAAUGCUUAUGUGAGGUCUAAAAUGAGGGACAAGGCAGAAUCUUUACUUGACAAAAUGAAAAGUAAAGGUUAUGCCACGCACUCACUUCCUUUCAAUGUGAUGAUGACUCUCUAUAUGAACCUCAAUGAGUAUGAUAAAGUUGACUCGAUCAUUUCAGAAAUGAUGGAGAAAAGUAUACAGCUGGAUAUAUACUCUUAUAAUAUCUGGUUAUCAUCUCGUGGAUCGCAAGGAUCUGCAGAAAAGAUGGAACAAGUAUUUGAACAGAUGAAACAGGACAGAACCAUUAAUCCUAAUUGGACUACAUUUAGCACGAUGGCUACAAUGUACAUUAAGAUGGGGCAGUUUGAAAAAGCUGAGGAUUGCUUGAAGAAGGUGGAGAGUAGGAUAACAGGUCGGGAUCGAAUACCAUAUCAUUAUCUAAUAAGUCUUUAUGGUAAUGUUGGUAACAAAGAAGAGGCUUAUCGUGUGUGGAAGGUUUACAGAGCAGUUUUUCCCAGCAUUCCAAAUUUGGGAUACCAUGCUAUAAUAUCCUCUCUUGUUAGACUAGGUGAUAUCGAAAGGGCAGAAAAAGUUUAUGAGGAGUGGUUGCAGGUAAAGUCAUCUUAUGACCCUAGAAUAGGAAAUCUUCUCAUGGGUUGGUAUGUUAAAGAAGGAAAUUUGGAUAAAGCUGAGAGUUUCUUCAACAAUAUGCUCGAAACCGGAGGGAAGCCAAAUUCGAGUACAUGGGAGACUCUUGUUGAAGGGCAUAUGGGAGAAAGGAGGAUUUCCGAGGCCUUAUCCUGCUGGAAAGAAGCUUUUAUUGCUGAGGGAUCAAAGAGUUGGAGGCCAAAGCCUUCCAAUGUGUCUACCUUCUUUAAGCUCUGUGAGGAAAAAGAUGAUGUAGAGAGCAGGGAGGUUUUGGUUGGAUUGUUGAUGCAAUCUAGACAUCUUGAAGAUGAAGCAUAUGCAUCACGCAUUGCCUUAACCAACGGAGACAUCCCCGGCAAUGAACUGUCGGCAGGGAAAGAUAGAGUCCUUGAUAAGAACGACAAUAACGAGGACGAGAAUGACGGGUCUGAACUUCUCAACCAACUUCAGGGUAGCCUUUGAUACUUCUGCUUCUGUGUUGUACAGGAAGAUGCUUCUUUGGACUAAAAGCUGUGGGGAAGUUCCCUCUCUAGUGGGUCUCUUUCAAGUUUCAAAGAGCUCCUACCAAAAUGUCAAUCUGGUACGCCAUAUAUAUUUCUGCUAAUCGUUGCCAUGGAUAUGGAUUUUGAAUUUCUCAGUGGGGCUUUGAGCCUUAAUACCCAUGUUCGUGUUGAUACAUGAAGACUUGCUCAAUCUCAGAUGUUUACGAGGUCCGAAACUUCAUGUGUGUUUCCCUGCUGUCCGACUCUUCUAUGUAAUUCUCUCACUGUGGCUUUCCGACCAUAUGGGUCUCAAUUUUAUUUUUAUAUUUUCUGUUUUUACAGUUUUUGGAAGGGACAGGAAUCAUGUUACCAAACGUCUCCGAGUCUUUUUUGCGAGGUGGUCCAUUAAUCAUAGGCUUGUUUUAAUUCCCAACCUUUCUCUCUCCUGUAAUGAUAUAUGGCAUUUCUCUAUAGUUGUGCAGCUGAAACUGUGUUGAAUUGAGGCCUGCUGAGUUUUUUUUAGUACUCUUUAAACCAUUGCUGCGUAUUAGGUGCAGGGAAAUUCUUAAUUGAACUAU